AUCUUGAGUUUUUCAUAAAACCGCAUUUUGUGCCCAAUGUGUUCAUUUUACGUACAAAAUACAAUUUGAAAAAAUAAAGUGGAAAUACCAUGCUAAUGAUGAAUAACAGUAUUAAUUUAUAAAGAGAAAAGUUCUUUUUGUUAAAUAAUAUUUAACGAACGAAGAUAAAUAUUUAAAUAUUUUGAAAGUAUAAAAGCUCGUGAGAUUUAAUUGAUUCUACCUUGUUAAAAGAAUGCCAGGGUAAGCACAAUUAUUUCUUUUGUGAAACAUACUGUUAUAGGAUAUCUCUUCUGUCGUCGAAAAUUAAUUUACAGUGUUACAGAAAUGUCUUUGGAUCAUAUGUUCUGUUCUCGAUGUAAGGAAGGUUUUGUAGCUCAUGAAAAAAUUGUUAAUUCGCACGGAGAGUUAUGGCAUCCUCAAUGUUUUGUAUGUGCACAAUGUUUUCGUCCAUUUCCAGAUGGAAUAUUUUAUGAAUUUGAGGGAUAUAAAUAUUGCGAGCAUGAUUUUCAUGUAUUGUUUGCUCCUUGCUGUGAAAAAUGUGGAGAAUUUGUUAUCGGUCGUGUAAUAAAAGCAAUGAAUGCCAAUUGGCAUCCAAAUUGUUUCCGUUGCGAAGAAUGUAAUGGAGAAUUGGCUGAUGCAGGAUUUAUUAAAUGUCAGGGUAGAGCUUUAUGCCAUACCUGCAAUGCACGUGUGAAAGCUGGAGCGCUUGGAAAAUAUAUUUGCCACCAGUGCCACGGAGUAAUCGACGACAAACCCCUACGCUUUCGUGGAGAACUUUAUCAUCCGUAUCAUUUUAAUUGUUCCGCUUGUGGUGUAGAACUCAAUUCUGAUGCUCGAGAAGUGAAUUCUAGGCCAGGAUAUGCUGCCAAUGAAAUGAAUGAGUUAUAUUGUUUGAGAUGUCAUGAUAAAAUGGGAAUCCCUAUUUGCGGAGCAUGCAGACGUCCUAUAGAAGAACGUGUAGUAACUGCUUUGGGUAAACACUGGCAUGUUGAGCACUUUGUUUGUGCAAAAUGUGAAAAACCAUUUUUAGGCCAUCGGCAUUAUGAAAAAAAAGGUUUAGCUUAUUGCGAGAUUCAUUACCAUCAACUCUUUGGAAAUCUUUGUUUCGUAUGCAACCAAGUAAUUUCUGGCGAUGUUUUUACAGCUCUAAACAAAGCAUGGUGUGUUCAUCACUUUGCAUGCGCGUUUUGUGAUCAAAAAAUGAAUCAAAAGACCAAGUUCUUCGAAUUUGAUUUGAAACCGGCCUGUAAAAAAUGUUAUGACAAAUUUCCACAAGAAUUGAAGAAACGUAUGCGUCGUAUGUAUGAUUUAAACCCUAAAAGAAUACCAGCUUAAAGGUUAGACUACACCUACACAUAUACACGAAUGUUAUUAGCUUGUCAUUAAUAUGUCGUCAUACUCUUGUAUGAAUUGCUAAUAUUGUUUUAUAUAUUCAUAUUUAUAUUUCCGACUUUAAACUUGACAAUUAACUCUCGAACAACGUAUGGACGAACUAACUAGAGGCGGAUUUACGUUUUCGUCGCGUUAGACUGUUAUGUUCUUGUCACCCCGUAAUGAAGGUGAAGAGUAACUGGAGAAGGACCACACAAACUUAAAAUGUUAGAUUCGAAAGUAUUUUUUAUGAUAAUUUUUUAAGAUUUACCAUUUAUUAUGUAACAAAUUUUUCCCCAAAACUGCCACCCUAGACUAUAGUCUACUCAUACCUAAAUCCACCUCUGGUUCUAGCGACGAUACGGGCGACCUCGCCAGGGUCCAUUUAGAAUUAAAUGUUUACUUUCAAACAUACUCAUUUAAGAAUAAGUUCGUUGGGUAUUAAUUUUGUUUAAAUUGUUUAAUAUUUUUAAUAUCGCUAAUGCUUAAGAAAAUAGAAAACAUUAAUUAAAAAAUAAUAUACAAAUAUAGUUUAUAAUAUCCAAUAUAUAGCGUGAAUACAAAUAAAAAAAAAUAGAUU